AGGUUGUUCCAAAAUCCUUGUUGUUUUUGUGAUUGUUUUAUUUUAACUGUCGCAGUGACAAUUGUAGUUGGUUAAGUUUUUGAGCGGUAAUCAUUGAAAACGAGAGUUUUUAGAACAUUCUGAUUAAAUAUGAACAUUCCGUUAUUCCCCAAACGCACCCCCAAAUUAACCGACGGGGCUUGGUUCAAUGCGGAUCCCCCUUGUGAUCCGGAGGAGGAAGUAACCCAGUUGGAGAAGGAGCACCAGGAAUGGAUCGAAUCUAUUACAAAAACUCACUGUGAUUUAACACCCAUUGGGAAAACCUCCUCAGAUUACGUUGGCGACGAUGAUGAGGAGGAGGAAGAUGAUAAUGACGACGACGACGAUGAUGAUAGUGAAAGUCAUGAUGAUGAGGAGGAAGAUGAAAUCGAAAUGGAAGCGGCCAAUUAGAAAAACUGCAUUAAUUAGAGAACCAUGUAUUUUUAAACUAAGUUUUCAGUCUAAUGGUAUCGGUGGAACCAACAAAGUUAAGUAAAAUUAGGAAAAACUAAUAGAUUUCCCUUUUUCAAA